UCGUAUCAGCCUAGUCUUCUGUCUAGGAAAAAGAGAGAGAGAGAGCGUGAAUAAGAAUAAGAUCGAACGUAUACGUAAAACGCCCACGUUACGUAUACGCAACAUAAUGCUUAGCCGCCGUGAGUGCGAGAUAAUAUUGGAAAAUGCCGAUAACGGCAACGGAAAAGCCAAACUGUUGGACUACAGUUUUGUUAGAGAUUCGAGUGCAAUCGGCUAUCUUGGCGAUUACUAUGAACUGACUCUUAGGUACUCCUGUGAGGCAGAUGAACCUGCUAGGGAAAUGAACUUCUUUGUAAAGGCCAUGCCCCAGCAAAGCGGCGAAUUGGCUAAAGAAGAGAUAUUCCAAAAAGAGUCCUGGGCUUAUGAUAAUAUCCUCAAGAAAAUGCAGACACUAGCCAACAUAAAAUGGAGCGCAGAUUGCUAUUACACUCGCAAGGACUUAAUUGUCCUGGAGGACAUCAAACGAAAGGGUUUCCAAGCAGCUGGUUCUGCAGAGUUCAAUGAAGUUUCCUUGCAACAGCUUAUCAAAUCAAUGGCAGCCUUUCAUGCUGCAAGUUUGAUCUACGAACAUCAAACUAACAUCAAUAUAGGCCAAGCCUAUGGUAAUCAUUUGCUAGAGAUCACUGUGGCUUCGGAAAUAGCCUGGUUCACCACUGGACUUUCGGCUGUACUGGCUGCCGUAAGAAGUCUGCCCCAAUAUCAGGGUAAUAGAGAACUUUCCUUUAUCGAUAACAAACUUUUGAACAUAAUGGAGGAGAUCUAUGAGCAGGCAGCUCCUUCUAAAAAGUACAGAAAUGUCCUUUGCCAUCGUGAUCUUUGGGCGGGUAAUAUUUUCUAUCCACCAGAAAACUCUGGCUCUGCCUUGCUAAUCGAUUUCCAGACCUGUCGUUACACUCCCCCAGCUUCAGACUUGAAUUUUAGUCUCUACAUGAAUUUGAGUUCCAUGAAACGUAAGGAAAUGGAAAGGAAAUGCAUAGAUUUAUAUCACCUAUAUCUGCUGGAAAAUCUCUCUGAUUUCAAUCUUAACGAGUUAGCAAUUUCCAAAUCAGAGCUAAUAGAGUCCUAUGAAGAGUUUCGCUUGUUUGGUGUGGUUUAUAGGGCUGUGGCCGCCACGGUUGUCAAGGUGCCUGUUGAGUUUGUUACCAACGAUUUUAAGUAUGUGGAUCGCAGUAAGGUGAUUCUGUCUUAUAUGGAUACUAAUCAAGAGUUCAGGAACUAUAUGGAGGAGUGCUGUGUGGAUGUCAUGGAAAUGGCCUUGGCCAGGGCAAACAUGUGAGGGAAUCUUGUUUAGUGGGUCUGCCGAUAAGAAAGCCGCUCGCUAGGGUGAUAAGACAUCAUUGUAAAUAUACCAAAAAAAAAAAUAAA